AUGGAACUAACGGACAAACUUCUUAUUCGUGGUGUGGAUCAAGACAUUACUGCCGAUGAGUUUCGGGAGGAAUUAAUAAAACAAUAUCAUGGUAUCAAACGUGUGGAACGACUGUACAAUCCAAAAAGCAAAAAACCAACAGAAACGAUUCGAGUCGAACUUGUAACAGCAGAACAUUCGGAAGCAUUUCUUCAAACUGGUUACAUUAACUUCGACCAACUUCGAUGUUCAGUCGAACCUAUCAAAUCACGAAGAUUUACUCGAAGACAAACUGCAAGUAAUACAGAAUCCGAUCAUCAGUCGGAUAUUUCCUCCAACGAACAACAACGUUCGAAAAAACUUCUUGUCCAUGGUGUUCCAACAGAUAUCCUCAUGAAUGACUUAGGAGAACAAUUGUCGAAAGUCUAUCCUGGCAUUAAACAUGUCAAACGAUGGCUUCUAAACGAUGAAGCACAAACAGUAACGGAACGCGUCCAAAUUGAUUUCAAUUUGCCAGCACAAGCUGACGCUGUUCUUCAGAAUGGUUACAUACAUUUUCAGAAACAUCAUUGGCCAGUAACAUCGUACGUAACACGUUCUCGUCCACGAUCGGAACCCGAUUUUGUAGAUGAUACUCAAUCAGAGCAUCAGUCUGAACCAGAACUACAGCCAGAAGUGUUAACCGAACAAGAAAUUCAUCAAAUCUUUGACGAACAAAAGAAACAAUUAGCACAAUUGAUCGCUCAUUUCGACGCUCAACUCAACAGCACGAUAGCUUCUCAAGCUGUAAACCAGCCUCGGUCAGCACGCGCCUAA